AUGGCUGACCAGACGCCACCGCUUCAGCGACACAUGUCCUUGAUACCGUAUUCGCACGAUUCGCGAGAGAUUGUUCUGCGGCGCGGCAAUGCCGUGGUGGUAUACGACCAGAACUCCAGGCAGCUCCAAGUCCGUGACACAACCGACAACCCGAUCGAGCUCACAGAAUGUCCAUACUGCCAUCGCUCCAUGCGCAGCAGAGAGCCGUCCGGCGAAGAAAGCGAAUAUGGCCGUGCCUUUGGACCCGAAAGACCUUUUGUCGCUCCGGACUACUUCGCAAUGCUAGCAUCCAGCCGGCGUCCAUCUCCAGCCGGGUCCGGGAGCUCAACUCCGAGCAGAAGAGUGCUUUCGGCUUUACGAUCUGGUCGCUCGCGGGAAGUCAGUGGCUCUGCUGACCCACCGACUGGCGCAGAGUUCGUGGGCAGUGAGCCUGCCACUGCCGGUGGUCAAGGCAUUAGUGCUUCGGCUUUCUCGCCCGGCUAUUUUGAGCAGUUCUUCAAGACUGAGCGUGAACUGGGCCGAGGCGGCAAUGGUGUCGUAUUGCUCGUGGAGCAUGUCAUAGAUGAUGUCUCGCUGGGACAUUUUGCUUGCAAGAGAAUUCCAGUGGGGGAUAGCAAGGCUUACUUCGAGAAAGUCAUCAUCGAAGUCCGGCUCUUGCAGAAGAUACCUCACAAGAACCUCGUAGCAUACCACUGGACUUGGCUCGAAGACCACCAACCGUCAACAUUUGGGCCAAGCAUUCCAUGUCUGUGGAUCCUCCAAGACUACUGCAACGGAGGCGAUCUUCACACCUAUGUUCUGGGCCCUAAGACCAUGUCUACUGAAGCCGAGCGGCUCAAAGCCAGACUCCGACGCCGAUCGAAAGGAGACGCAAGUCCACCACAAGACCUCAGAGGACCAAGCAAGCUUGCAUUUGACGAAAUCUUCUCUUUCUUCCGAGACAUUACCUCUGGAUUACACCAUCUGCACAGCAAAGGCUACAUACAUCGUGACCUCAAGCCCUCAAAUUGUCUAUUGCAGCGAGACGGCGGCCGGACACGGGUGCUCAUAUCAGACUUUGGUGAAGUACAAGCUGCUGGAGCGAUGAGAGGCUCUUCUGGUGCGACAGGUACCAUUUCAUACUGUGCUCCGGAAGUGCUGCAACGUACAUCAGAUGGCUCUCUCGGCAACUUCACCACAAAGUCAGACAUCUUCUCCUUGGGUAUGAUAGUGUUUUUCAUGUGCUUCGGUCGGCUGCCAUAUGCCAACGCGGACGACAUCAACGAGGAGAACGAGGACCUCGACGGGCUGCGAGCCGAGAUCCAGCGUUGGGCAGGCUUCAACGACGAGACGAGAUCACGCCUUGACUUGCCAGAACGUCUUUAUAAGUACUUGAAGCGUCUGCUCAGUGUCGAUCCCAACGAGCGACCAAGCACCGACGAAAUCCUGGCCAGCAUCAAAGGCGGCGCGGCCUUAGGUGAUCCUGGAAGCUACUUUGAUGAUCGUCACCCUCGUGUAUCCUCGGUGGACUCCCCAGCGCCCGCCACGCGCAUACGUCAACAAUCGUACAUUGCACGACCAAGCCUUGCCUCGCCUGUGCGGCAUCGCUCUAGUGGUGAUAUCCGGUCGAGAAGUCCAAUCAAGCGUGAGCAACGUGAUAGCCGACCCACGAGCCCUCUGGACUCUCCAUUGACGGUGGGCCCGAAGCGGCUCAAUCUGUCACCACCUUCAAUCGAAGACGCUGUAUCACCGCAGCAAAGCCCUCGUCUUAUGCUGCCACCGCCUCCAGUAAGACCAGUGACAGCAAAGCUCCGGCAUAUUUUACACGAUCCUCGGACGGUUCUGAUACUACGAGCGUCACUCUUCAUCGCGAAGAUCUUGACACUGUCGAUACCGUGCAGACCGUAUGCGGCGAACCAGUGGCUGCUCUAUAGUCUGCUUUGCCUGGCUGCUACAGAUCUCGGACUCCUUUCAUUCAGCUUGCGACAAUCCAGUUUGCUCUUUGCUUGUCAUAUCGUGAUGGUGUGGCUAGCCUCGCAAAGUGGACGAUUGUGUGAAGCGACGAAGGCGCCGGUUUGGCAAGACAUCUGA